GUACUCUUUGCUCCCUACUGUCAUUUUGACAGACGAGGAGAAGUCAAAGAGUUUGAUUAUAUUUUGAUGCAAUUUCAACACCAGCAGUAAUAAUUCAAAAUUGGUGUUAUUCACAUUUUAACAAACAAGCACAUAUUAACGCAGUUUAAAGUUUUUAAGUUUACUCCGAAUGUAACUAGUAAAAAUGGGGAUAUUUACAACGUCUUCUCCGUUCGAUCAAGAUGUCGAGCGCGCCACCAGCGAGAACAACACGAGCGAGGAGUGGGGUUUGAUAAUGGAGAUAUGCGACCGCGCCGGAGCGUCAUCGGCGAACGCGCGCGACUGUUUGCGCGCCGUGAUGCGCCGGCUGGGGCACGCCGACCCGCACGUGCAGGUGCACGCCGCCACGCUGCUGGACGCCUGCGUCGCCAACUGCGGCCGCGCCUUCCUGCUGGAAGUGGCGUCGCGCGACUUCGAGCUCGAAUUUCGCCGCCUGCUGGCGCGCGCCCAGCCGCCUGUGGCGCAGCGGCUGCGCGCGCUGCUGCGUAAGUGGGCCGAGGGCGAGUUCCGCGACGAUCCGCAGCUCGACCUCAUCCCCUCGCUGCACGCCAAGCUGGCCGCCGAGGCGGGAGAGCGGUCGGCCACGCCCGUCGCGCCGCCCGCCUCCGCCGCCGCAGCCGCAGCCGCCCAGCGCGAGCAGGACGAGCUGGCGCGCGCCAUAGCGCUGUCGCUGCGGGAGGCGGGCGCGGCGGGCUCGGCGGGCGCGGCGGGCGGCGCGCUGUACCCGCGCGUCGAAGCGGCCGAGACCUCUCCGGCUCGGAAGGUGCGAGCCCUGUACGAUUUUGAAGCGGCCGAAGACAACGAAUUAACUUUUCUUGCCGGUGAAAUUGUCCACGUCACCGACUGCAGCGACCCCAACUGGUGGAAGGGGCACAACGAGCGCGGCGAGGGCCUCUUCCCCGCCAACUUCGUCACCUCCGAUCUCAGCGAGCCGCGUCCAGAGGAGGAUCGGCGCGCGGGCGGCAAGAGCGUGCAGUUCGCGAGCGGCGAGGAGGAGGCGGCGGCGGGAGUGGGGGCGGGGGCGGGGGCGAGCGCGGGCGAGGAGGAGCCGACCGCGCUCGAGCGCGCCGACCGCCGCCACGCGCGCCUCACGCAGCUCAGCGCGGACCUCGUCGACGCGCUCAACCUCUACCACUCGCUCAUGCGCGACCCGCCCAAGCAGAUGUACGCGCCGUCCGCCUUCCUGCCCCCCGGCGCCCUGCCGCCCAUAGCUCUGCCGCCCGGCGCCCUGCCGCCCUUGGCGCUGCCGCCCGGCGCCAUGCCGCCUGGC